UGCAAUGCUUUGAUUUUUCUCAUUUUGACUACCCAGGCCAAGAUAUAUAGUAUCAUACAAUCAUAAAAUAUUUAAAUGUAUCUUGCAUUAGGAGCGUCAUGCUAGUGGUGGGUUUCGCAGGCCUGAGUGAUGUUCUCGAAAUCUUCAGUCGAAGCACACGAGUCGCCUCCCACUUGCGCAGAGACGCGUAUGAGCGUGUUUAGUCAGUGAGCUAGCAUACGGACCAUGACAGUACAAAUAUAGGCGAAGGAGAAAGUUGAAGUCCUGAGGAGGCAAUAGCAAGACUGAAAGAAGGUUCCGCCGCAAUGGCUGGCCUCAACGACGAUAACAUAGAUGAAGAAGCGCUCGCUGAAAAGGGGCUUGACAAGGCGGAGGGGGAACAAGGCAAGAUGGCGAAGCGUGGCAAUGGAUUUCCAAAGGUGGAGCGGUACCCCAAGUGGCGGGAGAUGUCGUUGAUGUCCAACUACGAGCGGUCGUCGGCCACGCGACUCGCCUACCUGCUGGACCGCUACAAACAACUGGUGGGCGACAGCCUGAUUGACGAAUAUGUGGCCAUGACGUCAUUUGCCGAAGUGCCGUUCAGCUGCUGUCGACUGGACGCGGCCACAACUUGGUGCAGACGGCAGUACCUGGUGUUCAAAUCGCAUGGAUACGACAUCAAUAGCAAUGCCACUAUCUUCCGUCGCGGUUGUCCGAAGCAGGUGCAAGAGUACAUAGAUCGCCAACUGACGGGCCUGGGCGUGGCGCUGCUGGUGCUGAUCGUGUUGCGGCUGUUGAACCUGGUGCUGCUGCGACUGGUGCAGACGUCUACCUUCAACGCGCUGGUGGCCCGCCGGCACCUGUCACCAGCCCCCGGCUGGCUCAUCACCACCAGCCGGGCCAAGGCGGUCACCCCGUCUGCCGAGGAGCAGCACCUACUGGAAGAGGAGCUGCUCUCGGACCUGGACUCGGAGGAGGGCAGCCCAUCCGACGAUCCGGACGGCGAGUCAACGGACGAGGUCGAGCAAGACGACGCCACCCGUUCUGAGGAAGGUGGCGGCUCCGUGGACGGUGCGGAGACCAACACCGACCCGGAGACGGACUCACUGACCAGUGAGGUCACGCAGUCGUCGGAUGGAGAGAUCACUGAGGUCACGACAGAGAGCAGCGCGCUGCCGCCGACAGAGGCCAGCGAGCCCGCACCAUAGUUGAUGAACUUAGAGGGCGUCAUGUGAUCGUGUCACUGGGCGGCGUAGGCGACGUAAACGACGGCGAAUACAACAGCUGCGAAGGUUCAUAUGCGGCUGUGUUGUUAUCAUGCUUAGUCUCAUCCGACUCAGCGAACUGAUGUGCUGUUGUCCCCAAUGAGAUUUUUCGGCAAUAUGAUCUUUGCACUCAGUUAUUCGACGCAGGGUUGGCGCUGUAGGCGUCUCGGUGACCUUUGCUCAAUUAUUGGUGAUAAUUUUGACUAUGUUAUGCGUUAUGCGACUACUCUGUGAUCUUGCCCAAUAAAGAAAGUGCGUAUGUA